AUGGCUGUAAGCAUAAUGAGGUCAUUCCUGGGAGCAGUAUUCAUGGUUCUCAUGCUCCCAGCAUUACUAAAUAAUGGGAAUGGUCACGCGCAGCUUUUUCAGCCUCAAGUUAUAGAGAAUUACAUAGAAACUAACGGUCAUGGGCAAGACCAAGAUGGAGGUGAAGGUGAUGAAGGUGAUGAAGGUGACCAGAAUAUCCAAAUAGCUGCUGCGGUCAAUGAUGACCGUGAUUGGUUCGAAGAAGAAAUUGAUUCGGAUGUCAAAUGGUGCUUGGCUUUGAACAGGGUGGAGUUUCAAGGGUCAAGUGGUAUACAAAAUCUAAAAGUCCUUGCAACAAGGAGGUUUGGAAAGGCUCUUGUGAUUGAUGGGCACUUGCAAUGCACUGAGUUUGAUGAUUAUAUUUAUCAUGAGAGCUUGGUUCAUCCUGCACUCCUAGUGCACAAUGAACCCAAAAGUGUGUUCAUUAUGGGAGGUGGUGGAGGGUCUGCUGCCAGAGAAGUUCUAAAACACAGAAAUAUUGAGAAAGUGAUAAUAUGCGAUAUUGAUAGGGAGAUUGUUAAUGUGUACCGCCAACAUAUCACAGCAAAUCAUGAGGCCUUCAAUGAUGAAAGGCUUCAAAUUGUUUACAAUGAAGCAAUGGCCGAGCUAGAAAAUUCCGAGGAGAAGUUCGACAUCAUCUUAGGAGAUCUUUCAGACCCGAAAGAAUCCGGGCCUUCCAACAAUCUCUACACAAGAUCCUUUUAUGAGGAUGUUGCCAAACCUAAGCUCAAGGAGAACGGUCUCUUCGUUACUCAAGCUGGCCCAGCUGGGAUUUUAACACACAAGGCUGUGUUCUCACCAAUAUACAACACCCUAAAGCAAGUUUUCACUCAUCUGGUUGCAUACACAACUCAGGUACCAUCCUAUGGAGAUUCAUGUGGAUGGAUUUUGGCUUCGAACGAACCAAUCAUACUUGACUCUGAGCAACUCGAUAUUAGGAUUGGUGAAAGAAUAAAUGGUGAAUUACGCUAUCUCGAUGGGCUUGUCAUUGCAGCAUCCACCGUCCUAAACAAGACGAUGAAAAACUCGCUGAUGGAAGAGACUUGUAUAUUAACCGAAGAAAAUGUGGGAUUUGUUCGUGGACGGGGAGUUCGCAAUGAUACCUAA